AUUAAAGCUCUGACAUUUCUUCACCAUUUUACACAUCUUAAUCAGUUUGUGAACUACAGAAACAUUAUGAUUUAGAGACCUGUGGGUAACCGUAAUUCUGUUUUUCCAUUUAAUGUAUAUGUUGAGUUUUCUUUUCAUCUCUUUCCGUUUGUCAUAAAUUAUCUUUCUUUGCUAUUUUUGUGGAAUUCAUUGUUAGACUGAUUGGAUUGAACACAAAAAACACGAUGAGGUGGUUUCUUAUAGCUGAAUCUGAACUUCCAUGUGUCAAGUAUUCUAUUUGUAUGUUUGCCAAGUGAUAGCCUGUGAACUGAUUAGCCAACACCUGAUCCAUGUAUUCUGUUCUGUUGCUGUUCUUAAUUAGAUCAUUUGUUGUGUCACUGCAAAUUGCAGCUUCUUUUCUUGUUUUUGGUUAUGUUGCUGUAGCGUGCUUGUAAUAAUAUGGAAUACGAGGAUGAUGGAGAAUCACUCGUUAGUGCAAUUGUGCAGAGUAGAUCUCUUAAUAUCAUUGGUUGCAUGCUAUCAGUUGGGGAUUAGUCGAUUUUACAGUCAUUGAUUGAGACGGGAAAUAAGUUCCCUUGCAGCAGCAAGACACAAGUAAUCAGGAAGCGUAUUUGGACCUGUCGGUACACUUAUUUUUAACGCGCCCAAUGUUUUCAAUGAAGCAGCAAUGUGAUUGUGUUUAGUUCUCUUUUGGGUUUUAGGAGUCUCUAGACUGGUGGUGGUGGAUGUGCGGAAGUCAAAUGUUUUAGUUGGGCUAGGUAAGGAUGGUGAGGGUCAGCGUCUUGAACGAUGCUCUCAAGAGCAUGUAUAACGCUGAGAAACGUGGGAAGAGGCAAGUGAUGAUCAGACCCUCUUCAAAGGUGAUCAUAAAGUUCCUUUUGGUGAUGCAAAAACAUGGGUACAUUGGUGAGUUUGAGUAUGUUGAUGACCAUCGUGCUGGCAAGAUUGUAGUUGAGUUGAAUGGCAGGCUGAACAAGUGUGGAGUAAUCAGUCCUCGCUUUGAUGUUGGCGUCAAGGAAAUUGAAGGGUGGACCGCCAGGCUGCUUCCAUCUCGACAGUUUGGUUACAUUGUCUUGACAACUUCUGCUGGCAUCAUGGAUCAUGAAGAAGCCAGAAGGAAGAACGUUGGUGGCAAGGUGUUAGGGUUUUUCUACUAGAUGGAAGUUUUGUGAAAGGAUUUCGCUUCAGUAUGGUAUUUAUGCGUUUUGAUGUGUAUUCCUGAAGUUCCAAACGAUACAGAUUGAACAAAUACAGUUUACCUUGGAUAUUAUUUGAGCCGGUUUGCUUGCGGAA